AUGUUUCAAUUACUGAAAGAUCCUCAAGUAUUAUUCGCUGGUUACAAAAAUCCCCAUCCUCUCGAACACAAAUUCGUUCUUCGUGUACAAACUGCUCCCGAAACAACACCAGUAGACGCCCUUACCAGUGCUAUCACUGAUCUUAUGGCAGAAUUUUCCCUAUUUGAAGAAAGAUUUCGAGAAGCUAUAAAGGAACGUCGAGAAGCAAACGAAUAA